GCGGAAUUUGAAUAAUAACGCUACUGCUAGUUGGGGGGCACAGGGGACGGGGAGUGGUAACGGCAGAGGUGGAGGGGAUGUUGAGAUUAGUUCGGGACUGUUGAGUCCGCAGCUGCCGCUGUCGAGGUCGUCGACUUUUGAGCCGGGGUCGUCUUUGACGUCUGGGACUAUACCCAAGAAGGUGUUGUUUUCUAAUCUUACUUCUGGUUCACGCCGGGCACAGAUGAUGAAGGAUAGCCGGCUUCUGCACGACUUUUUCCUGCGUUGUGUGGAAGAGUACUCCUUCCUUUCUCUAACCAAGGAACUCGACCGCUCUUUUGCGUUAGCCGGCAUCGCGAAACGAAUUCGCUCCCUCCUCUUCCCUUCUGAUCGGUACCCUCGCCGGUUUAUAGCUCCGCGACUUGCCGAGAGCGCUGCUGUGGCAACCCUACCGCCAUGAGAAAGUGUGUCGAGCGGGUAGUAACAUCCCUACUUGGUUAUAGAUGUUACGGUCAUGCUAUCCGGUGAACCCAGCGGCAUACGAAAAGGGAAAAUGGAACCCGGCGGCGAGUAAAUGUUCAGUACGGUAUAAGCACAUGAUACGCUCGGGGUACGAAUUCGAGCUCGAUGAGCGACUGGUAGUGGAUUCCGAUCCGGCGAAAACAUGGUGUGAAUACGAAGGAGAUAACGAGUUUGGCAAGUUGAAGGGCGGGCAAGUUACGUUGAGAGCGGCAUAUAGGUGGGGAGUAGUGUGGACUAGGGGUAUUGUUACAAACCAACCCCUCGGACCAAUAGAUAGCCACACUUAGAUAAGGACCAACAGGAGCAAGGGUCACGUGGAAUGAGACAACUCGGCGAACGGCUCAUGGUAAUGAGCCGCUAGCCGGGAUAGCUCACGGACGGAUGAGCCGCCGGCCGGACCAGCUCACGACCAAGUGAGCCAGUGGCCGGAAGGACUCACGGCCGGGUGAGCCGGGCCUGACACGGGCUCACGAUGCCGUGAGCCUAUGGACGGAACGACUCACAAUGACAGACUAUAAAGGACGACUGGAGAACGCAGAUCGUCAGAUAGUUCGACAGUAGUCAAUUGAUCAUUAUCACCGAGACUAGUAUUACGAACAUACUUGUUGUGAACCUUUUGG